AUGGCCAACUACUAUAACCCCCAAGGGCGUGACGCCCAUGGUGCUACUCAACAGCAGUAUGCUCCGCAGCACCCCCAUUCAUCAAACCCUCCUAGAACAGACUCUUUAGAACCUCCGCAGCUCGGCGCAACCUUCGUCCCAGGCGGCUUCGACGACUACUACAUGCCCGAAGUUUAUGCGCCCUCCCCGCAGAGGAUCAUGCCUGAAGUUCCUCAGAAUAUGCAAGACGACAUCCAGCGACUGGAGUCGGGCGCGAGAUCGGCCGAGUUCCACACCGUCGGCGAACCGACCCAGACUUCCACGCUCCCCGGUGGUGGCUACACAUCACCACCUCCUGCCGCUGCCCCUCCAGCCUUGACCACCCUUCCGGCUGCUCCGGCAAAGGCCACCCCCGACCACCCUCCCAGCCUGCCUAAACCGAGCACCAUAUCAAGCGAUGCGCCCACUUUCUCCCCAUUCCCAAAGGUCAAAGGCGACGGGAUUCCCCCGAGCUUCGAGGAAAUCGAGCAGACUCUUUGGGACAACCGAGAGCACACACUCCACUCGAAUAACGUCACACUACAGUUGGAGUGGGCCAAGCAGGUGCUCUCGUGGGUUGAGGUCAUCAUGGAGGAACAGGAUCGAGAACUCGACGGGAAACCCCGACCUCCUACGCCUAAUGCCGAACACCAAAUGCGCAUAGACGCCCUCACCAUCAUCAACCAUCUUGCUGGACAGGAACACCCCGACGCCCUCUUCCUGCGAUCCAAGUGGCUAGAGUUUGGCAAGUUCGGCCACCGCAUCGACAAGAGAGAAGCCUACAAUGGCUAUAAACGCGCUGCUGAGCUGGGCAUGGGGAGGGCCGAAUAUCGGAUGGGCAUGCUAUUCGAGGCUUCCAACGACAUGAGGAACGCCAUCCAGCACUACCAGCGCGGCCUAGAUCUAGGAGAUUCCGCUGCCUCCUACCGACUCGGUAUGAUGAGCUUGAUGGGACAGCAUGGCCAGAUCAAGGACUACCACCACGGCCUAAGUCUCAUCGAGGCCGCCGCCGAUUCUGCCGACGAGGACGCACCCCAGGGUGCUUACGUCUACGGCCUACUAAUUGCCAGAGAACUGCCGGACAUCACAAUUCCCGAAGGUCUUCUCCCUUACCAGCUUCCCCUCGCGAAGCGCUACAUUGAGAAGGCUGCACUCCUUGGCUUCGCAAAGGCUCAGCUGAAGAUGGGCCAAGCCUAUGAGCUUUGCCAGCUAGGAUGCGACUUCAACCCCUCCUUCUCUCUACAUUAUUACGGGCUAGCCGCCAAGCAAGGCCAGGCGGAAGCUGCAUUGGGCGUAAGCCGGUGGUUCCUAUUCGGAUACGAAGGCUUCUUCAAUAAAAACGAGCAGCUAGCCUUCAAAUACGCCAAGCAGGCGGCCGACGGGAAGCUAGCCACCGGCGAGUUUGCCAUGGGCUACUACAAUGAGAUCGGUAUCCACGUAGCUAAAGAUGUCCGCGAAGCAAAGAGAUGGUACGAGCUCGCCGCCGAGCACGGCAACAAGGACGCCCUCGGACGUCUCGAGUCGCUGAACGAACAAAAGACAUUGACGAAGCAUGACCACGAGACUACGACCCUGACCCGAAUCAAGUCGCAACACGGUUCAAUGCGUGGAAAGCGGCCCGAACGCUUCGCCAAGAAGGCGUCUGCAAUGCCCUCCGUAUCUGAGGGCGACGCCGAGCAGCCGCAGCCCGGCGUUUCGCCGAGGGUUUCACCCGGCAUGCCUCCGACUGGGAAUGCUGGUGGAACCGACGUGCCCGAUGUGUCUCGCCUCUCCAUAAAAGAUGCUCGCCAACCUGCUUUCGCUCUCAACGUCGAAGGAGCCUCGGAUAAACCCAAACCCUCGGCACCCUAUCCCGAGGACGAUAGGCCCCCGCCACUCAAUCUCGCCAGGGCUCAAUCGGCCGCACCCUACCCAGAAGAUGAUACCGCUCGGCCGCCACUCUCUCCUCACUUCGACCCCAAGAUUCGCCCCUCCCAGGGCCCCACAGCAGACCGGCCUAUGAGUGCGUUUGGCAUUCGGCCGCUCAGUCCUGGCGCGCCAGGAGGGCGACCGCCACAGGCCAAUCUCGGCCCCGGCGGCGACCAACGGGGCCGACUCAGCGGCGCCGGGUGGGAGCCUCAGGUGCCAAAUGAUUAUAGACAAGCAAGUCCCGGGCCACAACCCAUGGGCGAUUACAGACGCGACCCUUACCGCCAGGACUUGCCUCGGCCGGCGACCACCCAGCCUUACGACGGACGCCAAGGUGGCCCAGGUGCAAAUCCCGCUCAGAACCGCCUCCAGAAGCCCUACCCGCAGGGUCAGCGGCCGGUAAGUUCCAUGGCCGGUAACCAGUAUCCUGGCCCUCAAGGCCCCCGCGAACCCGCGCAACCUGGCCGGGACUUUGGCCCGAGAACGUCAUCUCGACCCAGCCUUCCCGGCCAACCCCAGUUACAUCGGCCCGUAUCGGAGGCCUACCCGUCGUACGGACGAGGGGGCCCGGGCCCGAACCCGGCUGGCCGUCCCGAUCGGUUCGACUCGCUACCUGCCCACCCCUCUCCCCAGCAAACCCAUGGUGGCCCGCGCCCCGUGAGUCAUAUCGACCGGCCUCGGCCUUUAGACGACGGCCCAGGCCGUGUUGGCAGCGCGCCUCCAGUCCAACAGCGCCCGCAACAGCAACAACAAAGGCCUAGUUCGCCUGCAGCCUCGACGGCAUCGGCACCUCCUCGCCCUACCGGACAGGGACCGGCGACGUUCGAGGAGAUGGGGAUUCCGCAAGGCAAGAACGAAGGCGACUGCUUGGAAAUGCAGCUCGGUGGGAUGUAA